AUGGAGGCGCGGCGGUUCGGCUUCGACGCCUCGCUGCCGCCGGCGUUCAAGUUCCACCCCACCGACGCCGACAUCGUGGCCCACUACCUCCUCCCGCGCGCCGUCAACUACCCCAACCCGCACGCACACGCCGUCAUCGACGACGACGCCUGCAGCUGCCCGCCCUGGGAGCUCAUGCGCCGCCACGGCCACGCCGACAGCGACCACGCCUUCUUCUUCGGCCCCGCUUGCCCCCCGGGCAAGGAAGCGGGGUUCACGAACCGCACCAUCCCCAACGGGGAAUACGGCGUCGGCGGCAAAUGGCGCGGGCAGAAGGGCGAAGAGCAGGACCUCUUCCUCGUGCGCGGCGGGGCCGGUGGCGCCGAGAUCCACCUCAAGUUCAAAAGGUACAACCUGACGUACUAUCGCCAUGGGCAGGAGGGGAGCACCGGGUGGGUCAUGCACGAGUACCAUAUCACCAAGCCGCCGUCGCUGCUCCCCGGCGCCGUGCUCUCGCGCGUCAAGAUCACCGACGCGGCCAAGAAGGAGCGCCAGGAGCAGCGGAACAAUGCCGCCGCUGCCGCCGCCCAGCAGGUUGUUCCGUGCCAAGAGCAGCAGGGCCCCCCGAGCAACUACCUCGUCGAUGGCCAUGCCGCUGGAAAUACCGUCGCGUUGAGCUAUGGUGCAGGAACAAGCGGCGGCGCGCAGUCUGAUGUUGCCCACCAAGGCGGUGACAAUGGCGUUGUCAUGGGAGGCUACUACACUGAUUUACUCAACAACGCCGAGGAGGGCGACGGCUACUACGUCGACAGCAACAACGACCACCUCAACGAGGACAUCAACAACUACCUCGAUCUGGGCCAGGGCGACGGCGACGGCAGCGACUAUUUCACCUUCGCAGACUACAGUAAUUUUGAUCACCCUGACGGCGGCAACGGUGAUUGA